AUGACCACCGCGGGAGACGAGCGAUCGGGUCGAUCGCCCCCGCGCGCGGACGACGGCGGCGCGCCCGCGUCGCCCUCCGCGCCGAGCUCGCCGAUCCGUCGUUCGUCGCGCGCGGGGGCGAUCUCGUCGUCGAUCGACGCGUCGUGCCAGACCGAACCGCUUCCGCAGCUCCCGCCGCUUCGACGGUUGCAUCCCGCGGGUCCGCCGCGGUCGCAGUCGCCCGUCACCGCGGCCGGCGCGGCGGGGCGGCGAGGCGCGCGCGGCGCCGCCGCGGCGUUCGACGGCGGCGUCGCGGGAGGCGGCGGCGGCGGCGGGGUCGAUCACGAGGGCGUCGAUCACGGAGACGGCGAGAGCCUGGAGGAGCUGGAAGAUCUCGUCGCCGCGCGUCACGCGACGCUCGUCCGCAAAGGCGUCCUCCCCGCGUCGCGGUCGUCGCCGUCGCCGUCGCCGUCGGCGAACGCGCGGCCGCCGUGGAACGACCGCGUCGUGAUCGAAUCCCCCGCGCAGGCGCGGCCGCGACGACGCGCGCAUCAUCAGCGUCAAAACUCGCUCGACGCGGAGAGCAUCGUGUUCGAGUCGCCGCUGCCGCGCCCGUCGGGAUCCGGCACGAGAGGCGGCGCGGUGUGCGGCACGCGCGCGACGGCGACGCGACAGCGGGGGGAACAACAACAACAACAACAACAACAACAACAACGGGGCGGCGGGAGUCCCGGCGCGGGGGACGCCGCCGCCGCCGGGGGCAGGCGCUCGAGGGACGGCGAGCGGCCGAGUUCGAGAGGGAGCGACGGCGGCGGCGGCGGAUCGCGUCGUCGAGGAGACGCGUAUACUCCUCGCUUAGAACGCCCCUCAUCCGGAUCGCGUUCCGCCGUCUCCGCGCCCGAGCCCAUCCGCGGCGGCCGCGUCUCCCCCGCGUCUCCCGGCGGCACCGGGGGAAGACGGCCCGGUGCCGCGCGAAGCCCCGGGGCGAACGGGACGCUGCACUUCGCCGCGCGGCCGGCGUCGCCGGGGUCGUCGAAGGCGCGGAAGCCGACGCCGACGCUUCCGGGCGCGCGCGGCGCGACGGGCGGCGGCGGCGGGGGCGUCGUAAGAGACGUAGUCGCAGACGCGGCGGGAUCCGGCGGGGGAGCGAGCGUGCCUUUACGGUUGGGCGGCGGCGACGGCGCGAGGAGCGCGUUCGUGCGGCCGGUGGGCGGGGGUGGGGUCGGAAGCGCGUUCGGCGCGUUCGACGGGGGGGCGGCGGCGGGCGGCGGCGGCGGCGGCGGCGGCGGCGGCGGCGGCGGCGGCGCGAAGGCGGGGGGGCUGACGCAGUCCUUGCGGAAGCAGUCCGCGCUGGACCAAGCCAAGGCGGCGUAG